UAAAUCAGUUCCAUCACGUGCCAUCCUCACAUCCUCUACAUACACCCACCCCUUUUCCACCGCCCUAAAAUAAUAUCUAAAACCCUCACCACCGCAUCUCCGCCACCACCAAUGACCACAUACGGCACCAUUCCAACCUCCUCCGGCGGCACCACCACCACCACUAAUAUCGAAUACCUUUCCCGCGCAAAACACCGUAUCCAAACCGGCCUCGGCACUCGUCGUCCAUGGAAAGAAAUGUUGAAUCUCGCAUCAAUCAACUUCCCUCACAACAUCUCCGACUCCUAUUCUCGAAUCAAAACCAACACCGCCUACUUCCGCAUGAACUACGCGAUAAUCGUGCUAAUAAUACUGUUUUUAAGCUUGUUAUGGCAUCCGAUCUCGUUGAUCGUGUUCGUUGUGUUGAUGGCGGCGUGGUUGUUUCUGUACUUUCUUCGUGAUGAGCCGCUGAUGAUAUUUCACCGUGUGGUUGAUGAUCGUGUUGUGAUGACGGUUUUGUUUGUUGUGACGGUUGUUUUGCUUUUGUUGACUGGCGCUACGGUGAAUAUACUCGUUGCGAUGUUGAUAGGGCUGGUGGUUGUUGUGGUUCAUGCGGUUUUGAGGCGGACGGAUGACUUGUUUUUGGAUGAAGAUGGAGUUGAAGCGGGUGGUUAUUUGGUUGCUUCUUCGUAGAAGGAAUUGGUUAUGUAUCUAUGCGAGGCGUGGCGUAUAUGAGGUUAUAUUCGUGAUGCAAAGAAAGUUAUUUUGCUGUAUUUAUUUGAACAUUCUGGUUUAAUAUCAAUUGUUGAUUUGUGUUUGUUGAUUUCCUGUUUACUGGACUACUGGUUACUUGUGUUGAUUGUUAAAGGGUGAGGGAAGGUGUUUGUUAUUAGACCUAGAGUUGACCAGCAUUGGAAUUGGAUUGAAAAAAUUGGAAUUUGAUUUGAAUGGAAUCGAAUUCUAGAUUUGA